CGCACUGGACGCAUUUAGACAUAAUGAGAUAACUAUUUUAACUUAUUUUAUUCAUAUCGUUCAUUCAGCCAGCCAUGAAUGUGACUGUCAAAGGGAUAUAGGUCAGUGGUUUGUGCUACUUCUUGCGGUACAUGUGGUUUCAGAGCAGAACCACAUGUGAGCUCUUCAACACCAGAUGGCGCUCAUGUUCAACAUGAAUAUAUUUCCAUUGAUCUACUGAAAUCUGCCCUUUGGUGGUUGUCUGUAAGGACAAAUGUACAGUUUGUGUCACCUGGCACAACCAAUAGGCAUAUCGUCUGUAACGUAUGGACAGUCUGUGUAAUAAUUAGGACCAGGCUCUGCGCAGGUGCCACGCCUCCCUCUUCCUCAGCUCCGUCUCCUCCGCGGGCUCGGGGUCGGAGUCGGACCAUCAUAUCGCUGUUGUUGCUGAUGUGAGUGCCCGGGACGGCAGGAGGAUCAGUCCCCUCCGGGUGGAACAGAGGUGCAGAGCCUGUCUUGUCUCGGGAAACAUGCUGCAGGGCGGGGAACAGGCGUAGGAUCUGCGGACUGUCAGCAUCAGCAGCAUCCCGGAGUGUAGCAGGCUAAUUUACGAACAUGUAGCUGCCUCUGCCAUGUAGCCCACUGCUUAUGCGUGCAUAACCGACAAGAAUAACCUGAACAAGGUUUUUUUUUUCCGACUAUCCGUGUAAACAGGGUAAAUCAGAAGACGCUGCCAUGUUUCUUUGGCUCUCUGUGGUUUGGGUACAGAUGCUGAUCUCAGAAUCCUCUUCUGGUGAUCAGGAGUUGCGCCACUUCCCUCUUCACCGCUCCAAACUCUUGCACCCACACCUGCAUCCUCACCCACAUCUGCUUCCUCACUACAAUGGGGAUGAGAACCAAGGCCGAUCCCAACAGCGUCACCAUGAGGCCAGGUUAGCUAAGGCCCAACCAGAGACCCAUUUGAAGUCCAGGUUUCGUCCGGAACAUGGACAGUGGGAUAUAAACCUGUUGGCACGACCGCACCACCAUGUAGUACCUGAGCAUAUUGAAGUGUCUGCACAACACCUGGUCACUGUGUACUUGGCUGUGGAUGUGCGAAGGCUGAACAUCAGUCUUCUUCGCUGGUUUCGGGAAGGAGUAGCAGCAGCUCUGGGCGUUCCUGUCAGAGAUGUACACAUCAACCGCCUCAAUGAAGAGAAGAAUGGCAUCGAGCUUUUCGUGUCCUCUGGUAGGCUAGGGAUCUUGGAGCCCCGCCCAGCUGAAGAAGUCAUCCAAUCACUGAACAUCAGGGUCCUCCACCGCCACCUGGGGCAUUUUGGCAUCACUGAGGUUUCUACAGAGAAAAACGUUCUCCAGGGCCAGCAGAAGGAUCGCGUGUGGAGCAGAGAUGGCUUCUAUGCUGUCUUUCUAUUCUUCACCAUCUUUGUUAUUGUCAUCACAUGCUUGAUGGUUUUAUACCGACUCAAAGAGAAGGUCCAGAUUUCUCAGAGACAGGUGAAAGCUCCCCCUGACUAUAGGCCAAAAGUCUGUGAUCCCCCAGGCUCAGCUCAGAGCCCAACCAAGGUCACCAAGGCUGUGACCGCCAGAAGCAUGGUCCAGGCUGAGCUACCUCCUUCUAUAACCACACCCAUUCCCCAGCAGCAGCCAAUCACAACGUGUCGUCGUCUUACGCCUCCUGCCAUCCCUAUACCAAGCCCCACACCUCCAGUUGUGAAAAAUUUGGACCCCGCUCCCCUAAGCGCCCCAAUAUCUGCAAACGAGUUGAAACCUUGUCCCUCCCCUUUCAGAAUGAAACCUGCUGCAGGACUUCAAGAAAGGCGUGGCUCAAACGUGUCUUUAGUGUUGGAUAUGUCAGCUCUGGGGGCAGUCGAGCCCCUAAAUGUUACUGUGGUGACGCCCCGGGAGGCUGCAGCAAAAGAGUACCUGCUGUCGGCAGGUCGCCCACUGACACGCCAAGAGCUUCGCGAAAUCAUCAACAACACACACAAACUGCACGCUGAGUUUGCUGAAAUUCCAAUGAACUUUAUAGAUCCUAAAGAACUAGAUAUUCCAAACAAUGGGACAAAAAACAGAUACAAGACGAUCCUGCCAAAUCCUCAUUCAAGAGUUAUUUUGAAGUCCAAAAAUUGCAAUGACCUGCUGGGGUCCUACAUCAAUGCUAACUACAUACGGGGUUACCUUGGUGAUGAGAGGGCAUACAUUGCGACGCAGGGUCCCAUGGUGAACACCGUGAAUGACUUUUGGCAGAUGGCCUGGCAGGAAGAGUCUCCUGUUAUUGUCAUGAUCACCAAACUGAAGGAGAAAAACGAGAAGUGUGUUUUGUACUGGCCUGAGAAGAGAGGCAUCUAUGGAAGGGUCGAGGUUUUGGUGAACAGCACCAGAGAGAGCGGCCACUACACGACCCGCAGCCUCACACUGAAGUAUGGAAACCAAACACGCACAGUUCAACAUUACUGGUACACCUCAUGGCCAGACCACAAAACCCCAGACUCAGCGAUGCCACUGUUGGAGCUGAUGACAGACGUUGAGGCAGAGAGGAGGUCUGCUGCCUCGAUGGGGCCAGUCAUUGUCCACUGCAGUGCUGGUCUUGGUCGGACAGGUUGCUUCAUUGCCACAACAAUAGGUUGUAGACAGUUGCAGUUGGAGGGUGUUGUUGAUGUGUUAAGCAUCACCUGCCAGCUCAGAGCAGACAGGGGUGGCAUGAUUCAGACAGGAGAGCAGUAUGAGUUUGUCCAUCAUGCCUUGAGCUUGUUUGAAGCUCGACUCUCCACUGAAACUGGACCGUGAAAUGUACAUCCACAUCGGUUUUUACCUAGAGGUUUGCAUUUCUGUGUUUAUAAAGGAAAUAACUGCAGACAUGUGGAUGUAGUUUGGGACUAAGGACAGGUUGGUGAGUUGCAGUGGAGUGAGCUGGACCGACACUAUGGCAAAGCUUUAAAAGAGGGACAUCAAAAUGAAAUAUUUUUUUUUCAGUUUUUUUGCUCUCUAGGAAGUAAUACAUCAAAAUGAGAGGCAAUGGGUGUUUUGUUAUAAUGUUAAUUCAAUGGUGGUUCUAUAUUCACUAACAAUAUUGUCUGUCUCUGUCUCAUAGGAUAUACAAUAUUUCUGUCUCAAGGAUAACCAUUAGACUGUUAGUAUAGACUUUUAACUAGUCUCCCCUACACUUUUUGGAGAUUUUCAAUAUUGUCUGUACAAAAAUCACAAAAAUGUCCCAAUUAAUACUCCUAUUGUAAAUAGGAUAGUUCAAUAUUAUGUUCUGAGGCUAUUCUUGACAUUGAUCUGCAUUACAAAGCUGUUUACAGGUAUUUACACAUGUUGCGAUUGUCCUCUAUAAGCUAUGUGGCACAAAAGACGAGUACUAGUACUAAGCUGCAUCCUCUCAGGUUUACUACCCCAACGGAGGGCAGCAGAAAUCAUAUUGAUUUGAGUCAACAAGAGGUCCCAGCAUCAAAAGAGCCAUAAAGUGAUUUUUAGAUCACCAAUGUUGAACCAUUGCUUAUUUGUUUUCUGUAUAAUAUAAAUGGACUGAGGUUAGAGUAUUUCUAGCUCAUGCUUACAAUGUGUGAUGUGGUUCAAUGUCUUGUAAGAAUAACAUGAUUAUUUAGAGCAAUAGGUUUGGUUAAGAGAGUUUGUGUUUUGCGGUUGCAAUCACAUCGCACAAAGUAAAUAUUUUAACCGAAAAAGCAGCCUUUGAAAUGGUAAAAUGGUACUUGAAAGAGCACUUUGAUACAGUCAUUUGCAGUUGCCUAUGACAAGAUAAAGUAAUGGAUAUUAGUCCUUUUCAACAGAUGUGCUGUUUACAUUCAGUGGUUUCUGUUGCAUUGACAAUUGUUUAUUAUGUUGCUUCAUACCAAAAAUGUGAAAUUAUUUCUGUCACAGUGGUGGUGAAGUGGUACAUUGUAUGUUUUAGUGAGUAAAAAUCUUAUUUUUAUACUGUUUUGUAACAUAUAAAACUUUAUUUUAGCACUUUGCACCACGUGAAAUGGUUGAAAUAGAGGAAUGUUUGUUCACAUUGACAUAUUAAAUAUAAAAACAGAAUAUGCUUUAAAAUAACUAAAUUGUUAAACCAUUAUUUAGAGCCAUAUUCUUGUUUAGAAAAAAGUGGAAAAUUGUCAAUUUGGCAUUGUGUUAUAAAGAGAGGAGAUAAUCAAGUGAAUAUUUUUAUAGUACAAAGAAAUCUUUUUGGACUGAACUUUCAAUAUGACGCCAAUGGUGAAGAACAUCACUGGAAGAAAAUAAAACCAUGGAGCCAUAAUUGGAGUUGCAUCAUUGCCAUGGACUAUUUUUCCUACUGGGUAGACUGGGUCAUGUGGCUGUAAGAUCAUUAACAUGUGCAGGUUUAUUUUUGAAAACCUGUAUAAGUUGUCAGUUGUUUAAAAUGCUCCAUUUCAUUGAAUAUGGCUCUUUCAUGUGUGGACAGACAGUGAAACCACCUCCAUGCCCUCUGCAGCUGCGGGGAUCACAACACACUGCCUCUGACGUAGAAUUGUGAAUUUACAGUAGGUCGUGGUUCAAACUGUAUUUAAUCACUGUUUGACUGUUCAAAGAGUUUAAAGGGAUGCUCUAACCUUUUCGAUAUACAUAAUGAUUUACCAAGGAAUCCAGAAUACACAUCUGUAUAAAAAACACAGUUAAAUAUUUUUCUGGAUAUGCCAUACAACAUAGUGAUAUUAAUUUUGCUUAAAUUAUACUAUGAAUAAUAAUACCUUAGAGUGACAUACAUAAAAGAUUACAUGUCAAAUCCGGGCAUCUCUGUAAACCUCUUAAAUUUGGGCAUUAGCUCAGUCAGGGUACGCCUAAUGCCAGUGUACUCUGUGGUUUUAAUGUAUUCAGAUGAAUGUUGUUAUUGUUCAAAACAUAGGAUGUGAUGUAACUUGUUUAUCUUCAUUUACGCAAACUACCUGUAAUAUAAAAUAAAACAAUGGGGGCUCUG